AUCAUUAUUUUAUGUUAUUAGAAGAAAUGUGCCUUUUCUCAAGCUAUAUUUUGAGUCAGAGACGAUACGAGAUGGAGGAGGUCAUUAAAAUGAGUGGGAGUCGGCAGAGGGACGACAUGCCACUACACAUGACAGAAAACAUAGGCAAAUCAUGCCAAAAUGCCAUACCCACGCUGAAAGCCGUCUUAGAACACAUGACAUGAAUAUCUUAUUUCUUGUCGAGAAAGGAUCAUUUUGAACAGUCACCCUACUCAUAUUUUCAAGCAAGUUCUAAAACAGUUACUUUUGGACAGAUCGAAACUUGCAUCACACUUCGAUAAACACUCGACUCACUUGCGCGUAAUUGCGUGACCUUGAUUUUGCUGUCCAUGUGCCAAUCUGUUAUCGGCAAAGAAGUCGUUUGUUGAAUCAUAUUAAUGGGAUUAGUGGCUAUUUUUAUCUCCCAGCAGUGUUCUGAUAGUACCGUCUGGGUGGAGGUCAUGCGACAGACUACUCAAGUCACUUGAACAUUUAAGCAUUGUAAACUGAUAUCAGGAGUAUAUUAAGUGAUCGUGCGUCACGAAAUACAAUACACAACUCACGCUGACUGAUUGAAUAUCCAUGAACACAAGGAAAACCUGUUGUCCACGGUCAUUGUCUCAUUUGUCUGGUCUUCAAUUGCAAAACACUCAAAGGUUUUGCGCCAAAAAUAGGUAAUUCUUUGGUUGAUAAAUAUCUUUCUAAAGCCAUUGCGCUCAAGACCGAGAAACGGAAAUGAAAAGAAACCUGACUAGAAAGCGGUAUUCAAGUUGAUACGUACAACUUCCAGUGUGUUGGUUACUGAGUGAUCUAUCAAGAGCGGAAUCUUAACAAAACAGUUCAGGACACAAUAGUGUACAAUAUAAACAGGAACCGAUAUACUUAAGGCUUUUAUUUGAGGUCACUGGUAUAGUUGCCUUAAUUUAGCAUUGCAUCUGACUGUCUGUUUGGAUGGAUUCUAGAGAAUGAAACAAGACGACCGCUCAGUUAUGACAUCUGCAGUGCGUCGACUUGGCCAAGAGAUUUCCAAACUCGGACUUCGGAUGCGUAACAGAUCUCCGUCUGGUAGCGACAGCGAUGUGUUCUGUUCCACGGAUGAAUUAGCAACCAAAGAAACGUUGGACCGUCAGGCUGAGAAAAGCGAGGAUAGUUUAGAAAACGAUGGAUCGUGCGAUGCCGCGCACACAGCUAGGCAAAGGCGGCAUUCGAGGAAUGAAUUGGACGAAGACGUGGAAUGCAAAGAGCGUCGAAGUUCGAUCAAGGCUGCCCUUAGACCAGUUCUUUCUCGCAAGAGUCGUUCCGAUUUAGCGAAAUAUUCACGUCCAAACCAGGACCUUAAUCUUAAACACGAAACGCUGCGUAGGAAUGGCUCCGAAAAUAGCAUCAAAGAAAGUGUAAAAGAGAAUCGUGUCGAUGGGAUCAGGAGCAGCAAGAACGGAAAGGGCGAGGGAAACGAUCCGGAGAUUCGUUCAGCGUCAUAUCGUGUUGCGGCCAAAAGUCAAGUUUCAGAGCAUGUCGAGAAAAUAACAAAGCCAAGGCGACUAAGGCGACCUAAACGAAGCAAGUCUUUCAGUAGUUUAUUGAACUGGAGACACGGAGCAAAGCAAGCUCACAAGGAAGCGACUGGAAGCGAUGGCUGUAAGUCGGUUGCGAGUGGAUAUCAAGGGAGGCCCAUACGAAGAAGCAACUCAUUUAGUGGCAAAGUUGAAAACAGCCAGUCUGAUACAGAAACAUCGAUUGCUAGAACGUUGCAUAUGCAGAAUUUCACGGCAUCAGAUGUAAACGACACCCACAGAAAUAAAAUUUCAAACCUUUCGCCCCAAAUAUUUGUGACUGCUUCGAGCGGCGACGAGUGUGCAAAUGGAAUGACUAGAUCGUCUGGAACACGCUUAAGUUAUAUGGCUUUGAAAGGACUCAGGUACGAACAGGGCAUGAUCGAAACUGAUCUCUGCUCAACGGAGCUUUGAACCAUGCCGUACUUAAAACUGGGAAGUAUCUGUUCUUACUCAAGUGAACAUUUUGAGGCGCUGGAUGCCGUAAUUUACACUUGACCCGUUCAUUUAUGGCGGGAGCAUUUUUUUUCUUGUGUUUGCCAGUUUUGAUGUAGUUCCUGGUGGAAAACCUGACGUUCUACCAGAAAUAUUUCAUUUAGAUAUUCAUAAUGUUAUAUGCGAUUUGCUAAUAUUUAGAUCCGGAUGUUUGCAUGGCGAAAUCCUUGAUUAGCGAAAGCUCUAAAAGAGCCGAAUUAAUGGACAAUAAAAGGGUCAAGAACUUGUAAUCCGUUUUGGUUGUAAAUGAUGUUCAAACAAUGCGCAUUUUUCGUUACUCUCCGAAAGUCACAGGCGCAACAUGUUGCCUUGAUUUUGAGGUGCCUUGGGGCACUGCGGAGUGAUUGAGCUGGUAGCCCGAGGUGUUGAUGUGUUUUCGAGCAGUCAAAUUGUAUAAAAUUUA